AUGAGUGUGCGAGUUGUGGCUCGUACGAAGGGUCUCCACUUGAUUAAGCAAUCACGAGUUAUGGCUAGUGAUGUGCUAAUAUGGUGUCGAGAGUACGAGUUGUGCUUCGUAUUGGGAACUCCACCUAGCGUUCCGGAGUGUGGGAGUUGCUGGGCAUUUUCAGCCGUGGCCACCGUUGAGGGGAUUAACCAAAUAAAAACCGGAAACUUGAUUUCGUUGUCUGAGCAACAAUUGGUGGAUUGUGCCAGCUAUCACGGAUGCCAAGGAGAAUCCUUGGAAAACGCCUUUGGGUAUAUAAAAAGCACGGGUCUUGGAACUGAUGAACAAUACCCUUACAAGGAAACAACUCAGACUUGUCAUUCUGUGAAUCCUGCAGUCAGGAUUCUAGGUUUCCAGAUGGUGCCUCCGCAGAGGGAGGACCAACUUCUUCAGGCAGUGAACAACCAACCUGUCUCAGUAAUCCUUGAUGCUUCUGGACAAGCAUUUCAGUUUUACAGGGGAGGAGUUUUCUCUGGUAAUUGUGGAACUCAACUUAACCAUGCAGUUACUGCAAUCGGGUAUGAUGAGGACGCAAGUGGCAAGUACUGGUUGAUAAGAAAUUCCUGGGGCCAAGGAUGGGGAGAGGAAGGUUACAUGAAGAUUCGCAGGGACACCGGCUCCCCCCAAGGUCUCUGCGGCAUCAACAUGCAUGCCACUUAUCCCCUACUCUGA